AUGGAGCAGCAGCCGCAGUCCCCGUGGCAAGUGGCCGGCGUGGAGGGGAUGCCGCUGGGAGGAGGUGGACCCGCCCCCGCCCUCGCGCUCUCGCCCGACGGAGGCGUGUCCUCUGCCACCACUACUCCCGCCGCCGCUGCUGCCGCCACUCCCAACGACGACCACGACCACAUCGAUGGCGACGAGCUGGCGAGCCUCAAGCGGGAGGAGGAGGCGGCCCGCCGCGACCUCUUGGCCCGCCGCAAGGCCAGCCUGCAGCAGCGGCAGCAGGCCGCACGCUCUUCCUCCUCUGGCGGCGGCGGCGGCAGCAGCGGCAGCAGCACAGGCAGCGAGAGCCCGGCGGCGGCGGCGGCAGCUGCAGGUGCCGCCCAGGAGGAGGCCGGUGCCUCCAAGGCGCCGCCUGUCACGGCCUCAACACUAAAGAAGCCGCCUCCGCCGCAGCAGCAGGAGGUGCGGGCCGAGGCGGUGGAGAACGCGGUGCGGUUCCUCAACCAUCCGAAGGUGAAGGCGUCGCCGCUGGGCAAGCGCCUGGCCUUCCUCGAGCACAAGGGCCUCAACGACUCCGAGAUCGCCCUCGCCCUCAAGCGCGCCAACAUCUCCUCCGACGACGUAAAGCUCGCCAUGGACCUCGCCAACAGCAACAACGCCGCCGCCGCUUCCGCCACCACCACGUCGUCGUCCGUCACCCAUCAUGAUGGAGUGUCCCCCUCCCCGCCACUUCCGCCCCGCGCCGCUGGCGCCGCCGGAAUGCAGGUGGUGCAGCAGCCGCCGCCGCCGCAGCCGGCUGCAGGCUGGGGCUGGGGAGCCCGAAUAGGAGGCGCCGUCGCGUUCUUCGCUCUCGGCGGUGCCGCCACGCUCCUUGCCGCGAAAUAUCUCUUCGGCCUAUCCUCGGGCGGCACCGGCGAACAGGGGGAGAAGAAGCAACAGGACGGCCAGGCGAAGGUCGGGCAGGACAAGACCGAUCGACUCAGUGCGGAGCUGCAGUCCCUCCGUGCCUCACAGGAAGCCCUCGCCGGCCAAGUCAGAGAGGCGUUCGUGGCGAUGAAGGAGAGCGUCGAGAGCCAGACGCAGCAGGCCUUCCUCCGAAGCACCGGUGAGGCGCCGCCGAGGAAAACCGCCGCCACCACCACCGCGCACGACGAGACCAUCGCCUCGCUCAAGACUGAAAUCAAGACCCUCCGCGCCAUGCUGCUGGAUACCCGUACGGCUGAGUCGGCGGCCACGCGCGCCUCCACGGUUGCCGACCUCCCCUCCUAUUCCAUUCCCUCGUCGUCGUCGUCGUCCACGUCGUCGGCGGCAUCGCCCGUGGGGCUGCCCAGCUGGCAAAUGGCGUCCAAGCGCACCUCCGUCACCCAGCCCUCCUCCGCCUCGUCCUCGAGCACCGACGCACCCACUCCCUCUCCUGCGCCGGCCUCCUCUCCCUCUGCCGUCGGUAAGCCGAGUGCCCCCAAGCCCUACGAGCGGAGGGCAGCCGCCAGCAAGGCCGAGGCGGCCGCCACCUCCGCCAAUGUCGUCGAGACACCCGCCGCCUCCUCCUCCGAGGAUGAGCCCCAGGUGACCGAAAGCAGCGCCGCCCCCGCGCCUGCAGACGCCGCCGCAGCGGGACACGAGCAGCAGCAGGAGGAGGAGGAGAAGGACGCCACCACGUCUCCUGCGUGA